AUGGCACUUGCCCUCUCUCUUUUGAAUGCAACCCCUAAGACAUACACAGCAUUCAUCGAAGCACUACGAGCCCGACUCACAGCCGGACGACCCACAUCACAUGGUAUACCGGUGCUGCCCCGAAGAGAAGACGUGUCAGACGCGCAGCGCUUUCUUUAUGUUGAUCUCACCAACUAUAACGGCGACACCAUCAGGGUCGCCAUCGAUGUAGUAAACGUUUAUGUGGUGGGAUAUCGUUCUGGUAAUAAAUCCUACAUACUUGCAAAUAACGCUGAAAAUCCGGCUCCAACGCACAUAUUAUUCCCCACCGCCCCCGGCGCCGCGCAGUCCACGCGGACUAUGCUGCCCUUCACCGGAGACUACCCCGCACUUGGAGCAUAUGCACGACGUACAGCGCAACCGAGUGCAUCAGGUGCUCGUAACCCAGGGUCACGUAUACAUGAGGAUAUACCUAUGCUUGAGCAAAUUCCUCUGGGACGCAAUGAACUCGAUAACGCCAUCAGUAAGUUGCACUAUGCGGCAUCCCACUCAGACCAAGCCGCGGCGUUUAUUGUGAUCAUUCAGAUGGUCUCGGAAGCGGCAAGGUUCCGGUACAUUGAGAGUCAAGUCGGCACUAGAAUGGGGAUAGACAACCCUCCUUAUAUACCAGACCCUGCAAUGCGGAGCCUGGAAACCAAUUGGUCUGCUCUCUCGGAGCAGAUCCAGAAGGUACCAGCCAAUGGAAAACGCUUCAAUAGGACUAUUCAGCUCACUACUGUCAACAAUCGUCCCUUCGUAGUUGACAGUGUUGAAGCAGACAUGGUUCAGCGACGGGGCAUCGCGAUGCUCCUCUACGCGAGAUAG